CUCGCGAUAGGCGCUCGUUUGUGCAGCCGCCAUAUUCUGUGACAAGUAUUUUGAUUCGUAUCUGUUGGAAGUAAGAAAAGAGAAAUUAAGGGGGAGUAGAGGGGGUAAAGAAGAAGAGCUGUCAAAAGAAUUCCCGUGUCUCUGAAACAUCGGGGGCUGUAGUAACCCCCCACUCGGGUCAAAACAGAGAAGGCCUGGGUACCGUAGAAACUCCGUCUACGAAGUCCACCUCGCCGCUUUUCUUUCAGCACCACGGCCCUGUGGGAGAUUCUGUGGUUGAGUUUCGGGUGUUGAAGGUGGCCCGGGGAGCGGCGGCGGAGACGAAGAUGCUCAAGCUGUGGCUGAGGUGCUGCCACCACUGAGGCAUCGUCAGUGUGCUGAACGGAGCAAGCAGAGCAGUCUUGACCUGGCAAUACACGAAUGGCCCAGGGAAGCCACCAGAUUGACAUUCAGGUUUUGCACGACCUGCGCCAGAAGUUCCCUGAAGUUCCAGAGGGUGUUGUUUCCCAGUGUGUUCUGCAUAAUAACAACAAUUUGGACGCCUGUUGUGAGUACCUGUCUCAAGUAAGCCCAGGCUACUUGUACAGCAAAGGAGGCAAACUCAACUACACUGACGACCCCAGCUUCAUCAGGUUCCGGAAUCCCAUGACCCAGCUGAACCUGGGCCUGCAGUCUCAGUCUCAGAAUGUGCAUGCGACCCCGGGAAGGGACGGCCUGAGGAUGAACGGCAGCAGGACACUGUCCCACAGUCUUAGCCUGAGUGACGGGCCCCUACAGACAGGACAGCCCCCGAAUAGUGACUUCUUCCAGCAGGAGCCCCAGUCAGCCCCGGUGCAGGUGCCCGCCAGCCUCAAUGUGUUUGGCGUGAUGGAGCCCACGCGCAAGACCCAGCCGCCCCAGCACCUGGGACUCUACCAGCUGGGGGGGAAAGGACAAUCCAUGGGCCAACAUGGCCAGCAGAUGCCCCGCUUCAACCCCAUCACCGUCACCCUGGCCCCCAACAUCCAGACGGGUCGCAACACCCCCACCUCUUUGCACAUACACGGCGGGCCCCAUACACAGUCCGGCUUGAGCAGUCCACAGGGUAACUCUAUCUACAUAAGGCCUUACGUGACCCAGCCCAGCGGUACAACCCGGCAAAGCCAGCAGCAGCUUCAGCAGCAGGCAGGAAGGGCCCAGUACAGCCCCACCUCCCAACCCCAGCAGCAGAUCUACCAGAUCUCCCAUCCCACCUCACUACCUGGCUCCUGGACAGGCCCUUCAUCCCAGCAGCACCAGCACGGCUCCUCACAUACCUCACAGCACCAGUCACAGGGCCACCAGACCUCCCAUGUCUACAUGCCCAUCAGCUCCCCCACCAACCCACAGGCCCCCUCCUCUAUCCUCCAGGCCCCCUCUGGAGGUCAGGGCUCCUCUUCUGGUGCCUCCUCCUCUGGCAUGCCCUUAGGCAUGUCCUCCUUCAGCCAGUACAACAUCCAGAACAUCUCCACCGGACCGCGCAAGAACCAGAUAGAGAUCAAACUUGAAUCUCCUCAGAGGAGCAACUCCACCACGACCACGGCCAUGCUGCGCACCAGCAGUGGCCCCCGCUCCAACUCCUCCACCUCCUCCUCCUGCCCCUCAUCCUCCUCCUCUGUCGGGGCAGCACCUGGCCCAACCACCACCCCCCUGUCCAUCGGAGGCCCAGGUCUGAGCCGCAGCCAGCCCACUGUUUACAUCUCUGCCAGCCCGCCCACUGUUGCUGCUACCACCCCCUCUGAAGAGGCCAACAUGUCCUCAUCCGGCUCUCGCUCCCAGCCCAAGUUUUACAUUACUGCUAAUAACGAUGACGGUGGGGGCAGAAACCCUCCAACUGUCUACAUCUCUGCUCAACCACCUCCGCACGGGUCCCAGGGGCCCCGCAAUAUGGGGGGCCAGGUGAGCAUGGGCCCCGCCUACAUCCACCACCACCCACCCAAGUCCCGCGCGUCUAUGGGAGGGGCAGGCACAGCCACCUCGCCCCGAGUGGUGGUCACCCAGCCCAACACCAAGUACACUUUCAAAAUCACCGUGUCCCCCAACAAGCCCCCAGCAGUGUCCCCCGGCGUCGUGUCCCCCACCUUUGAGGCUACCAACCUCCUCAGCCUCCCCUCGGACCACCAUUUUGUGGAGCCUGACCCACAUCAUCUCUCAGACCCACUGUCUGUACACAGGGAGAGGCCCAGCGAGCCACGCAGACUCAGCAUGGGCUCAGAUGACGCAGCAUACACACAAGCCCUGUUGGUUCACCAGAAGGCCCGCAUGGACCGGCUGUGGCAUGAGCUGGAGCUGAAGAAGAAGAAGCUAGAGAAGCUAAAAGAGGAAGUCAACGAGAUGGAGAACGAUCUGACCAGGAGACGGCUAGAACGAUCCAACUCCCAGUCCCAAAUCCCCUCGAUUGAGGAAAUGCAGCAGUUGCGAUGCAACAACAGGAUACUGCAGAUCGACAUUGACUGCUUAACUAAAGAAAUCGAUCUCCUUCAAACAAAAGGACCACACUUUAAUCCCAGCGCCAUUCAUAACUUCUAUGACAACAUUGGAUUCCUAGGUCCUGUCCCACCCAAACCCAAAGGUACUUUAUCUGUUGAGCCAGAGGGCCUGGGGAAAGACAGGAGAACAUUUAAUGUCACCUCCACCCUAACCAUGGAACCCUCCUCUGCCCCUCCUCCCCCUGCUGCUCUCCCUCUGGAGUCGAGCAGUAAGAGCGUUAAGACUGUAGCAGACCAGGAGGAAGACGAGGGGACGCAGUGGAGCUGCACGGCCUGCACCUUCCUCAACCACCCCGCCCUCAACCGCUGUGAACAGUGCGAGUUCCCACGGCACUUCUGAGCCACAAAGACGCCAACAAUACCAACAACCUGCAUCACUUUUCAAUGCGAAUCAAGGAAACUACAUUAGAAAAGACGUUUUUUUUCCCUUCUUUUUCUAGUGGUAAGAAAAUGAAUGGACAGGGGUUUGUAGUUUUUUCCAUUUUGGGACUGUUUCUUUCCCCCCUCCUCCAAGGUUUGUAGUUUUUUUUCCAUUUUGGGACUGUUUCUUUCCCCCCUCCUCCAAGGUUUGUAGUUUUUUUUCAAUUUUGGGACUGUUUCUUUCCCCCCUCCUCCAAGGUUUGUAGUUUUUUCCAUUUUGGGACUGUUUCUUUCCCCCCUCCUCCAAGGUUUGUAGUUUUUUUUCCAUUUUGGGACUGUUUCUUUCCCCCCUCCUCCAAGGUUUGUAGUUUUUUCCAUUUUGGGACUGUUUCUUUCCCCCCUCCUCCAAGGUUUGUAGUUUUUUCCAUUUUGGGACUGUUUCUUUCCCCCCUCCUCCAAGGUUUGUAGAAUGCUAUCCACUGAAGGCUUGACUGGAUAGUGUUUACAGGUUGUGUUACUUUACUAAGCCAGCAGAGUUGGAUGAUACCUCACCUUGGAGUCUCUGCAUGCGUGGGGUCACCCCCCUCUCCCUCCUCCUGCUCAACGCUCGGCAGGCGACUUUACCCCUGGGGGUGCCUCGCCUUUUCCAUAUACAGUAUUAACAAGUUGUCCUGCAGUGUGUUGGCACACACAAACACGUGUAUGGGUGCCAACGUGCAUUUGCUGAUUUUUUUCUUCUGUGAUUCUAAUCAGGAAUGGGAACUUUGGUCAGCCGUCACCUCACACCUGAAGGGAAAACUAACAGACUACUUGUUGACAAUUUGUUUGGUUGCUGUUUCUAGAGGAUGACAGGGGGAAACUUACUGCCACCAAAACUUUUCUCUCGUCUUCUGUAAUGUCCCUUAUCAAUCUGCGUCUCUUCAAUCUAGAGUAAAAAGAACGGAAACUCAAUUGCAUGCUUUAUGUGUACAGUACAUGGAGGGAGGAAAUACCAUUGUGCUUUUUACUGUACAUCAUUUAUGAAUGUGCCUUAAAUGCCUUCUUCCUCACUAUGAAUCACUUGUAUUUCCUGUAAGUAUAGCUUUAUAGACUUUAUUUACUUUGUUUUGUCUUGUUUUGUUUCCAUUUUCUUUCAAACCAAUAAGUACGGUGUCCCUUUUAAGCUUUUUACUUGAUUUCUGUGAGAAUUGAAGCAUUGUGGGAAAAAAGAGGCGCAGUUGAAUGAAAACUAUGCAGUCAUGAAGCUUCUUCUGCUCAGUCUGUCGUUCAUCGCUUGUGUAUAUGCUGAAUUCCCUGUGUACGAUCUGCAGAUGCAGCAAAGUCAAAAGAAAGAUGGAGGAGUUUUUUUUUUAGGAUGCAAGAGCUCUUGGACAGGUGAAAAAAGCUCAUAAGCAGAAUGACAAACUGCCAUCUUAUCUGACAACUGGAAUGUAGGUUUAAUAUUUGGGGACUUUUACACCUCAGUGCCAAGAGAUGCAUGAAUUUUACAGUUCACCUAAAACUUGCAUCAGAAUAGAAGCUUUCGAGUCGGAUGAAAGAAAGACGGACUUUGGUAAUUGCAUUAAGGUGUUAAGGCCCUUGUACAGCUUGGUGGAAGGCGACUGUUUCCUGAGGGCUUUCAGAAUCAAAAUAUUUUGCUAUGCAGUAUAAAUUGGGUAAGUGUUCCAAAUGAAUAUGUUUUAAAGUAUUCCUCUUUCAAAUCAGCAGAUAUUUAUAUAGGUAUGUGCUUUACCGUAUCUACCCCUGGCCAGAAGUUUAGAAUAUCUCCUCUAAUAAAAGACAAUAAGGACAGUGCCAUUGUUAUAUUUCCAAUAAAGUGAGACAAAAUAGUGUCUGUCCUCAUUGUAUAAUCAUGUUUUUAUUUGGUUAAAUUUGUCCUGUGAAGCUUUUUUUUUAUGAGGAUAGUUUAAAAGUUUACCAUUUUAAUGAUUUUACCUUAAUUGUGGAAUGGGUUAUUAUUGUUUGUUUUUCACGUUGUGAAAUGCUGCCACACAUUACUGCCUUAGAAUGGCAUUUGUAUUGACAAUCUAUGCAGUCACAAAUUAAGAUGUCUUUUUUUUUUUUUUUACCAAGCUUAGUAUUGUCAAAAACUGAUUCGGUAGAAGCCAAAUUCUUAGUUGUCUCUUAAGCACUUAUAACAUUUUUUUCUGUAAAAACCCCAAAGAAACUAAUUGUUCAGCUUUAUCUGCAGCUCGGUGUGAAGUCGGUUAAUACAUGUUUUAUUCAUAAAGAAAACUCAUUUGGACAACUAAAGUGUUUUUUUGAUUUUAGCUGGGAAAACUGUCUUUGUAACAGAUAAGUUAUUUGUAAAAAUAAAAAAAAAUCUAUUCUGAAA